AUGUAUGUUAACGGUGCCCUCUGCUUGAGUAUACUGGCAUGUCUGGGACCUGUCGUGGCCACUUCCAAGGGCUACAUCCAGAUGGAUCUGGAGUCGUCGACUGGUGCGCAGCCGGCCUUGGACCGCUACCAGCGCCAGCUUGCUCGCCGCGACGGCUCUAUUCAAAUGGACCUGACCAACUUGGCAUCUUACUACCAAGUUAAGCUGUCCAUGGGCACACCCUCCCAGGACGUGCUAUUGACGGUCGACACUGGCUCGAGCGACCUGUGGGUGCUCGCAUCCGACUCGGACGAGUGUCAAUCUGGCCAAUGCAGCUCGGGCUCCUCUUUCGACGAGAACAAGUCGUCGACUUUCAAGGGCAAUACCUCAGAUCCGUUUGGCAUCUCGUACGGUGACGGAACCUCGGCCAAGGGCUACUGGGCCCAGGACGUCCUGGGGCUGAACGGACAGGUUGUUGAGGGCGGCAAUUUCGCACUGGCCACUACAACGAGCUCUAAUCUGCCUGUGUUUGGUAUUGGUCUGGUGGCUGGCGAGACAGCAAAGACUCCCUACGAUAAUGUGCCUGUCCAGCUCAAGAACCAGGGCCUCAUCAAAACUGUGGCCUACUCCCUUUGGCUCAACGAUAUUGACGCCAAGCAGGGCUCACUUUUGUUCGGCGGUGUCGACCACUCCAAGUAUAAUGGCCAGCUGUUGAAGGUCCCAAUGGUCAACGACGGCCAAAUCACCUCGUCUGGCCCGGCUACCUCGUUGAGCGUUAUGCUUCACGGACUCUCGGUGUUUACCCCAGACAACUUUGAGGCCGAAAUACUUACCACUGCUCUGGCCACUUUGCUAGACUCUGGAACCACCCUGUCAUACCUGCCUACCAGCAUGGUCCAGGCCAUUGGUGCCGCGUCCAAUGCUACGUGGUCAAACUCACUCAGUAUGAAUUUGCUCCCUUGUAAUGUAGAAGGCGGUCUGACGUUCGACUUUAGUGGCAUCAAAAUUCGUGUUCCCUACCACCAGAUGCUCAUGGACAUCAAAUCCAGCGAUGGCAACAAGGUCACGCUCCCCGACGGUGAACAGGCUUGUGCGUUGGGUAUCCAAGGCUGGGGUAAAAGCCAGUAUAUUCUGGGAGAUACAUUGCUACGAGGCUGCUAUGCUGUGUUUGAUCUUGAAAAUAAGGAAGUGGCUCUGGCGCCGAUUAAUUACUCCCCAUCGUCGCCUACCAUCGAUGCGAUCAGCGGUAGCAUUCCCUCUGCCAGUGAAGCGCCCUCCUACUCGUCUACUGCCACUCAGGCAGGAUUUUCUACUGUCCAGCUCAAGUAUUCAUCCAUGUCCGACCCUGCACCAGGCCCCACCAGUUCUGCAGAAUCGUCGGGUGCAUCAUCCGCAGUCUCGAGUGCCCAGUCGAGUAGCGAAUCAUCGAGUGCUUCUUCCGCUAGUCCUUCGCCCACUAGUUCGAACGCCACUUCUGGAUCUACUUCUUCUAUGUCAAGCACUAUGAACAGCACCAGUAUCCAAAUGUCUACUUUUGCCUCGAACUCCUCCGACCUCUCGUCCCUAGCCUCCUCCACGGUUAGUAAUAGCACUGUGAGCUCAGCCAGCUCAGCCAGCUCCGCCGUGAACUCAACAGUCGUCACCUCAGCACCGACGAGCACGCAACGAAGCUCGUCUACAUCUCCAACUUCAUCCAGUGUGGUAGCCACCACAUCCACUGUAAGCGAGACCCACAAAAAGAAGAACGGGGCCUCUGUUCCGCUUCUAUCCCGCUCAGUCGCUGGAGUGGCCAACCUACUUCUAUUCUUAUUCGCAUUUUAA